UCUAUUUCAACAUUCUGGUGAAGCGGCUAGCUGUAAAAUAGGUGACUCACACGAGCUAUUCGGUUGUUCCGUGGCAGUGGUCGAGUCGUUCUUCUGUAACAGUAGUUUAUUCGGACCCAAAAGGCUUGAGGGAAUUCAAUGAGCGUAUUUUGUUUGUUGGAGUUUUUUUGUUGUUGAGUGUUCGUAGUUAUUCAUUGAACGUGCCCUGCAAAGUACAAACUUUAUCCGCAGAUAACCGGUAGUUAACGUUAGAUGGACGACAGCGAGCAAGUCGUAUCAUCCACAACCGAAGACGAAAUGAGUAGAUACAGUCAAUACGGUAAUCAUUAUGGCAACAGCGAGGCCACAGCUACAUUUGGCGAUGAUGACAUUGUAGACUUAGUUGGCGGAGCACAUGAUGCUAUUGAGAGACACAAGGCUUCGUACCCCGAGGAUAUAAUCAAAUUUACGAAGGACGAGGAAGCCCUACUGACCACCACCACAGAGCGUGCCACGCGACAACAGACACACGACGAGGUGAUUCCAGAUUCCACCCCAUCAGAGGAAGAGUUGGCAGAAAUAAUUCCAACACCAGUGAUUCGCAGUUGUUUGGAUGCAGACUCUUUGCCAGAACUCAUCAGACCAUAUCCCCCGGCAAAAGCAGCUCCAGAAGAAGCAGGUCCAGUACUAGAAGCAGCUCCAGAGAAAGAAGCGAUUGCUGCUCCUCCAGCACCAUCCCAAGACAAUUUUCUUCCUGCUGCGCUUCAACCUCUGAUGCAAUUCCCAAAAGAGCACUGGGAUUCUCCACUCUUAGCUUCUCAAGACAACCCCAGGGCCUCCAUGGAUACGUUUUCCAAAGACUCAGCAUCCAGAGGCUCCUCUGGGUAUGAGCCAGAUAUGCUUGGCCAAUCAGAUGAUGACUUAAUGUUUGAGGUGAAGAAGAAUCCUUUCCAGGGCUUCUCCCCUGUAGCAGAUGCUGGGUUCUCCCAUCUUGGGGAUAUGACCUCUGACAGCCAGGCAACUAAAAUGUCUGAGAGUCCCACCCCAGACCUGGUCCAGUAUGGCCGGGCUGAAGACUCACAAGAUGGCAGCCCACCAUCAUAUUACGAUGAAACAAAAACAUAUGAGUCUGUCAAGAUGGCUGCGGACUCGCUCAUGGAGCCACUCAAUCAGUUCUCAACCACCCCAAAAGAGAGUGAGGACUCUACACUUACAUCUCUUCCAGAUAUCUUAAAGCCCUUCCCUCUGAACCCUGACAAAGUGGACUCAGGCUCUUCUGAAGGAAGCACUGAGCCGAGCCCUGCUCCUAUCCGGAAGAUGGUUGAGUCACCCACUGUCCCUGUCCCUCUGUCAGCCACAAAUCCCUUUGCUUUCGAUUCCAAAGCUUUACUGCUGAAGGAGCUGACUGAGGAGACUGAAGCAAGACUAGCUGUGAAGACUGAAGAUGAAGGCUUUAGUGCCUUUGACCUCGUAAAGGAGGCAGAGCCUACACCCCAUAGCAAAGCACCUGUCCAGAUAGAACAAAAAGAUUGGAUGUUGUCCAGUCAAGAUUCUCCUCAAAUUGUGAACAAAUUAGAGCCUCUUAAUUUCCAGACGAAGACCCCUGAAGAUUCUGAUUCUGAGAGUCCGUCAGCAGACUCCCUGUCCCCUGUUCUGGAGGCAAUGGCCAAGAAUCCUGCAAGUUUCCAGGUGGAGUCUGAGAAGAAUGACAUGAAAGUGGAAGAGGCGGAGGCAGCAGAGGAUAUCUCUGAGCCGGAAGUGUCCUCUGAAGAGUUUGAGUUCAUCGAGAGGCCCCUCAGGGGUGUAAUCGAUGAGUUUCUAGAAGCAUUAGAUAGCUCCAAGUUUGCUAAGGCAACAGAGUUUAGCAUGGAUGAAGAUGACAUGUGCUUUGGGCUGACGGAUGUGGAGUCUGCAAAUAUAGUCCCAGAAGUUCCGGAAGAAUCUCCUAGUCAGCGCUCUUACCUCCUACUCACCCAGAAGGUCAAGUCAGACCUGGAGAAGGAUGAUACCAAAGGUCCCACCCCAAAGGCCCCUCUCAUCCACUCGCCUGUUCGCAAACCGGAGUUGCUCUCUAAGGACACAGAGGGCCCCGGAAUGGAUCAGAUGCCCAACCUGAGUGCUGAAGCAGUGGUAGAGCUCCUGUACUGGCGUGAUGUCAAGACUUCUGGCGUGGUGUUUGGCGCUGGCCUCUCUCUGCUGCUCUCCCUGACACUUUGCAGCAUCGUCAGUGUCUCAGCCUACAUCACUCUGGUGCUCCUCUCCGUCACCAUUUGCUUCAGGAUAUACAAGGGGAUCCUGCAGGCCAUCCAGAAGUCUGAUGAAGGGCACCCAUUCAAGCUGUACCUGAAGCAGGAUGUGGGUCUGUCAGAGGAAACCGUCCAUAAGUACAGCGACUGUGCUCUGGCACGGUUCAACACAACAGUCAUAGAGCUGCGUCGCCUCUUUCUUGUUGAAGACCUGGUGGAUUCCCUCAAGUUUGCUGUGCUGAUGUGGAUUCUCACCUAUGUUGGUGCCUUGUUCAACGGACUCACACUCCUUAUUCUAGGUCUGGUUGGAAUGUUCAGCUUCCCCAUCAUCUAUGAGAAGUACAAGGUACAGAUUGACCAUUAUGUGGGGAUGGCCAACAAGCGGGUCAAAGACAUUAUUGCAACGGUCCAGGCCAAAGUCCCUGGACUGAAGCGUGUGAAGGCUGACUGAAGAAAGAAAUGCCGGUCAGUCCCUGAAGUCCUUUGAGAGGGUGGGUGGCACUGGGCUGGGGUGGUGUGUAAGGUGGUAUGCAGCACUGUUAUUUUCACAAUCUCUUCAUUUCAGAAUUCCUUGUGUUCCCCGAAACACCCUGGAUUAUCAGUAUUCUAUAGCUCAAGUAUUGCCACCUUUUGAUUAACUAAUUUGACCAUAACAUGCUAUCUGGCUCAAAAAGCUAGUUGGAAUAUGUAAAAUAUAUAUAUAUUUUAAUCUUGCACUUGGACAUGACCAGUGAUGGAUGUUGAAAGGAAAUUGUGUUCCAUGGGCUGGUUCAUUUGUUCUUUGUCGCAGUGUUCAGACAAUUGGAAUUGCUUUGUCUCUUCUUUUUUUUUGUAAGAGGGAGAACUUUGGAGACCUGAGUUUUUUUGGUAUGAUUAAGUUGGUGGUGUUUGUGAUUUUACUGUUUUAUUGAUCGACUGUAGUUUCAAAGCUUCUAGCUCUCUUCAGUGACUCUUGAGUGUGUUUGACAUGUGUCAUUGUGCUUGGCGAUGGUCUAAUACCAGCAGGGCGCUAUUCCUUAGCACUUCAUGCUUCUGAGUAUUUCUAGUUAGAAACAUUUAGAACUUUUUAAAAAUUAGAGCAUUUAAUGAUAAUUUCACCUCAUGCAGCUGCCUAGUUAAACUCUAACACGUUUACAAACAACUUAAGACGAAAAAAAAUGAAACACUGUCUGUGGACCCUAUCUAAAGCUGCAAAAUUAUGUUACUUGGUAACUUCAAGCAUUGUUUAUGCAAGUAAUUGUGAAUGUUACUUCAUACAAUUGUAAUGAACUCUUCUGUUUGUGGAAUGCAUUGUGAAAUAUAAACAAUUACAAUAAAGCUUC